UACGUUCCCUAUCAAUCCUCUUCAAUUCAGACAUUGUACCAACAAACACUUUGAAGCGGCCGUUAAACUGGGGUAAAGUAUCACAAAGAACAAGUCUUGUCCCACCCAGUUCCCGUCCCGUCCCAAAUCGUUUCGUCUCUUCUUUUUUUGUUUUGUCUUGUCUUGUCUUGUCAGCGUACAUUGUGAUGGUUGUUACGGGAGCUAAAAACUUUAUUUGCUGUAUUCAUUACACAGAAAUCUUCAACCAAUUCCAAAGCUGAACGGUUCGGAAUUGACUCAAGCUGGGUGCGUGCUAUCGCAAACGUUUUGGUCUUGUUGUUUGUUCGUUCGUUUAUUUGUUUGCUUGUUUGUUCGUUCGUUCGUUCGUUUGCUUGUUUGUUUGUAUGUUUGUUUGCUUGUUUGCUGCUUUUCGUUCACCUUUUAUUGCACACAGAAACGUGCGAGACCAAAAUCAGUCGACAACACUAUCAUAAUCAAUUUAAUUUAAUUUAUAGCCCCUGGUGAAUCUGAGGAACACAAUCGUGUCUCAUUCAGGACAGGGGGUGUUUUCACAUGAUUAUGAAUUUCAAUUACGAUGUUUGUCGCUCAACAUCAUAUGUUUACCAGGACAAUACAUCUUUGAAUAAAUAUUCCAAUUUCACAACAUGAUCCUGAGAAAACACAAAACGGAGAGCCUUAUCUUUUUCAUCAAUGUCAGCGAAGAGUCGUCCAGCUAAAAUCAAGCAGUGCCAGGAAAACAUUCUACAAUAAAAAGCAACCCAAUUUAUACUGUACAUUUAUAUUUGCAUCUUAGUCGGUUUAUAAAUUACCUGCGUCAUUCAUAUGGGGUUUAUAGAAUACAAACUGGUAAAUCGGGUAAUACCACUGAUUAUUGCACGCUAUCUCAAACACAAAUAUUGCAUCGGGGAGCAGACUCUUCAGUUUAAUUUCAGCAUUCACCAACGCAAAAAUAAUUGUUUCGAAAUCCGUCGGGUGUGGUAAUCUAUAACGAAAUAGCUAACAUGAGCGAAGAGUCGUCCAGCAUCAUGCCUGUCCGUGGUGACAUUUUACUUGGCUUAAUUGUUAUUGACUUCGUAUCUGGUACAAUAAUAGCCGUAGCAAACGGCUUUCUUUUUAUCACGAUCUACCGUGAUCCCUGCCAAUGCUUGCGCACGCCAUCUGUAUUUCUCAUCGCAAACCUUUCCGUUGCGGAUUUCUUCAUGGGAGUUGUCAGCUACCUUAGAGCCAUCGAAUUGAUCCACAGGUACUUUAGCUUGGGAAACCUUGUUAUUUCCAUUCUUAACAUGAUAGAAUAUUUCAUCGGAGCUGUGUCCAUUCUCGUCGCCGUCUCAACGCUUAUGGCCAUGUCAUAUGAUCGCUAUAUUGCGGUUAUUAAACCGUUCCAAUACCCACAGAAGAUUAACAACACAAGAGCCAAGGUUGCUAUCGCCAUCAUUUGGAUAAACGCAUUGGUUAUGUGCGUCCUUCCGAUUGCCGAUGUGAAGAGGGAAAAUUUUUUGUUGGCCUACUGUUAUUCACAUUUUGUGAUUCCCUCAUUUAUUUUAACAGCAGUUUAUGUGAAAAUAUAUAAAAUGAUCGCUCGCCAAAGACAAGAACUUAAAGAUGUCCGAGCGAGUCUGACAGCAGCAAGCAGAAGAAAACAAUUAGAGAGAGAAAACAGGAUGGCCAUCACGUUCGUGUUGAUCCUUUUCAUUUUUUAUUUUUCAUUUUUACCUUACUUUAUAAACAUACAAAUUCUAUAUUUUUGCUCCUGUCGAAGUUCUUACGCUUACAACGUAUACCACUACAUUGCGAAUGAAUUUCUCUCACUGAGUUCUACCAUAAAUCCUUUUAUGUACGCUUGGAGACUACCAAUGUUUAACCGCUCGCUUCGCUUGUGUUUUCGACGGCGGAAAAACAAUAAUGUUAUAGCGACAUGGAACGGAACAAACUCCAACCAAAACUGAUUCACUGACCUAAAAGAGGGGUCCAGCCGACAAGAACUAUUACUAAUGACUGAAUAAAUUCGCGAGAUUUUAGAAUAGUCUAGAAAUAUAAGCUCUUUGGCAGUAUACAAUUUUCCCCACUUUUCACUCCAUUGACCACUCUAACAAGAAUUUUGCGUGGUAUGCAAUAUCAACAACAACAAUACUUUAUUUAAACACGAUUUUGUCUUAAAGCGACAGGUUUGAUCGUGGGUUCGAGUAUAUAGCUACAAAAUUUAAGAAAACUUAAAUAUGUGCAGUAAUAAAAAGGAUUAUAUACGUAUUCAUUCAUAUUAAUAAAACUUAAAAUCCGUUACGUUCUUGCAUUGCGUUUACGUUGCAUGCAUACAUUAGUGGCACCAGUUUACUGCAGAAAAGUGGUAUUUUUCUUCUUUAUUUCUGAUGUGAUUCAUAAAACACAGAAAUCAAUAAGUUUUGAUUGCUAUAUCCUACUUGUAAUGUUUUCUUACAACGUUAAACAACUUUUAAUCAAUCUCCGACGGUUACAUUCGCAUAAAGCACAGGAAUAACAGAAUAAUUUAAACGAAAAAAACAGUUGUUUCAAUAGCAAUAGCAAAUCACUACCACCAAUGGGUGGCCUAAAUAACUAUUCUUGUGAACAUCUGUGCAUUCAUUAAAGUUCAAACGACAACCGUCAAAUGUUGAAUUUCAUAACAACGCUGAACAACGUGGACUUUGAAUGUAUUUAUUUGUAACUCGAUGAAGAAGUCAGUCGUCUUCAUUAAACAUCUGAUCUGUAUAAGUCAAACUUACCUUUACUAAUGAAGUUCAAGCUUUAGAUAAACUAGAUGGUACAAAAAGCUUUCACGAACAUCAGA